CUGAAAGCACGCAAGCUAGCCCCUCCCGCUCCUCUCCAUUCUCCCCGCGGCAUCUCUCCGAGGAGGAGCCCGGUGCUCCCGGCAGACCGUUUCCAAUUACGUUACCUCAAGAUGGAGGCCUGCAGAUGGCUCCGCUGAUGUUCCGGAGCCGCGGUGACCGUCCGUGUGGCUUAAGGAGGCUUCUGUUCCCACGGUGGUGUGUCUGUAGACCACAUUAUCUAUCGGUUUUGGGGCAAUCUACUCAGGAGAUCCUGAAGUCCAGGUUGGAGCAGCCAUGAGCUCCGGUGAAGGAGCUGAGGAGACGAAGGACGCCGGUGGUCUAGAUGCGCUAAAGAACGGCUUUAGGAGGAAUGAAGAGACGAGAGCAAUGGAGGUGCUUCCCAUACUGAAAGAAAAAGUGGCCUUUCUGUCAGGUGGAAGAGACAAACGGGGGGGUCCUGUGUUAACAUUCCCAUCACGCACCAACCAUGACCGAAUACGGGCAGAUGACCUGAGGAGACUGGUGGCCUACCUCUACAGUAUCCCAAGUGAGGAUGUGUGUAAACAUGGCUUCACCAUCAUCAUUGAUAUGCGUGGUUCCAAGUGGGAAAGCAUCAAACCUUUCCUGAAGGUCCUGCAGGACUCUUUCCCAUCCUGCAUCCACGUUGCUCUCAUUAUCAAACCAGACAACUUCUGGGAAAAGCAGAGGACCAACUUCGGCAGCUCAAAAUUUGAGUUUGAGACCACCAUGGUGUCACUAGAGGGCCUGACUAAGGUUGUUGACCCUUCCCAGCUUACAGCGGACUUCGAAGGCAGCCUGGACUACAACCACGAGGAGUGGAUAGAGGUGCGUGUGGCGUUUGAAGAGUUCUCUGGUCAUGCCACUCAGAUGGUGGCUCGACUUGAGGAGAUGCAGGAGACUGUGUCAAGAAAAGACUUUCCUCAAGACCUGGAAGGGGCUAGGCUGAUGAUAGAGGAGCAUGCCUCGCUAAAGAAGAAGGUCAUGAAAGCUCCCAUAGAAGAACUGAACACAGAAGGACAAAGGUUGCUUCAGCGCAUUCACAGCAGCAGCAGUGGCAACAGCGUUUGCAACAUAGACACCCAGAGCCUGGUGCUGCGGAUCACCCAGCUGCUAGACAAGCUGCACUCCAUCAGGCAGCACAUCCUCCAAUCCUGGCAUGUCCGCAAGCUCAAAUUGGACCAGUGCUUCCAGCUUCGUCUGUUCGAACAGGACGCUGAGAAGAUGUUUGAUUGGAUCAUGCACAACAAGGGUUUGUUCCUGGCAGGCUACACAGAUAUCGGUAACAACCACCUCCAAGCCGUGGAGCUGCAGACGCAGCACAAGCACUUUGCAAUGAACUGCAUGAAUGUGUACGUGAACAUCAACCGGAUCCUCUCAGUCGGCAAGCGGCUUUUGGAUUCUGGUCACUACGCCACGCAGCCGAUCAAGCAGAUCUCAGGCCAGUUGGAGCAGGAGUGGAAGGCAUUUGCGGCCGCUCUGGAUGAACGCAGCACACUGUUAGAAAUGUCAGCCAACUUCCAGCAGAAAUGUGACAAGUAUAUAAACAAUGUGGAGUCAUGGUGCAAGGUGUGUGGAGAGGUAGAUCUGCCCGCUGAGCUGCAGGACCUUGAAGAUGCCAUCCACCAUCACCAAGGCUUGUACGAACACAUCACUGCUGCUUAUUCCGAGGUGAGCCAAGAUGGCAAAGCUUUGUUGGACAAGCUGCAGCGACCUCUGACCCCUGACAGCACUGACUCCCUGACAGCGUCAGCAAAUUACUCCAAAGCGGUGCACCAUGUCCUGAACAUUAUCCAUGAACUGCUGCAUCAUCAGAGACAGCUGGAAAACAUCUGGCAACACCGCAAAGUGCGGCUUCACCAGCGGCUGCAGCUCUGUGUCUUCCAGCAGGAUGUCCAGCAGGUUUUGGACUGGAUUGAAAACCAUGGAGAAGCAUUCCUCAGCAAACACACGGGAGUGGGAAAGUCCCUGCACCGAGCCAGGGCCCUACAGAAACGACACGAGGACUUUGAAGAUGUGGCUCAGAACACCUACACCAACGCCGACAAGCUGCUGGAGGCGGCAGAGCAGCUGGCUCAGACAGGAGAGUGUGACCCAGAGGAGAUCUACCAGGCGGCCCACCAACUGGAGGACAGAAUUCAGGAUUUUGUACGGCGUGUAGAACAGCGCAAAGUCCUCCUGGAUAUGUCUGUGUCCUUCCACACGCACGUCAAAGAGCUGUUGACAUGGCUGGAGGGCCUCCAAAAAGAACUUCUGGACGAUGUUUAUGCCGAAUCUGUGGAAGCUGUCCAGGAUCUGAUCAAGCAUUUUGGACAACAGCAGCAGACCAUAUUACAGUUUUCGGUCAACACCGUCAAGGAGGGAGAAGACCUCAUCCAGCAGCUGAGGGACUCUGCCAUCUCCAGCAACAAGACGCCCCACAACAGUUCCAUUAACCAUAUCGAGAGCGUUCUUCGGCAGCUGGAUGAGGCCCAGACACAAAUGGAAGAUCUCUUCCAGGAGAGGAAGAUCAAACUGGAUCUAUUCUUACAGCUUCGCAUAUUUGAACGAGAUGCUAUCAAUAUCAUCUCUGACCUGGAGUCCUGGAAUGAAGAGCUAACAGCUCAGAUAAAUGAUUUUGACACAGAGGACCUGACAGUUGCAGAGCAGAGGCUGCAGCUUCAUGCUGACAAGGCCCUGACCAUGAACAACCUCACAUUUGAUGUCAUCCAUCAGGGACAGGAGCUGUUGCAUUAUGUCAGCGACGUCCAGGCCUCUGGUGUUGUGCUGCUGUGCGAUCGUGAUGGGGACAUGGCCACACGGGUUCGAGAAUUGCUGGAAUUCCUCCAUGAGAAGCAGCAGGAGCUGGAUGUAGCAUCCGAGCGGCACCGCAGACACUUGGAACAGUGUGUGCAGCUAAGACACCUCCAGGCUGAGGUCAAGCAGGUUUUGGGUUGGAUUCGUAACGGCGAGUCGAUGCUAAAUGCUGGUCUCAUCACAGCCAGCUCCCUACAGGAAGCUGAGCAGCUGCAGCGAGAGCAUGAACAGUUCCAACACGCCAUUGAGAAAACCCACCAGAGUGCUCUGCAGGUUCAGCAGAAGGCAGAGGUUUUACUCCAGGCCAACCACUAUGAUGCCGACCUGAUACGGGACUGUGCAGAGAACGUGGCUUCUCAUUGGCAGCAGCUUAUGUUGAAGAUGGAGGAUCGACUCAAGCUGGUCAAUGCCUCUGUGGCCUUUUUUAAGACCUCUGAACAGGUUUGCAGUGUGCUGGAGAGCCUGGAGCAGGAGUACAAGCGAGAGGAAGACUGGUGCGGGGGGGGCGACAAACUGGGUCCCAACUGUGAAACGGACCACGUCACUCCGAUGAUCAGCAAGCACUUUGAGCAAAAGGAGGCCUUCCUCAAGGCAUGUACUCUGGCUAGAAGAAAUGCAGAUGUUUUCCUCAAGUACAUGCACAGGAACAGUAUGAACAUGCCCGGUAUGCUGAGCCAUGUCAAAGCACCAGAACAACAGGUCAAAAACAUCCUGAAUGAGUUGCUGCAGAGAGAAAAUCGCGUGCUCCACUUCUGGACCAGGAGGAAACGGAGGCUGGACCAAUGUCAGCAGUUUGUGGUCUUUGAACGAAAUGCCAAACAAGCUCUUGAGUGGAUUCACGACACGGGGGAGUUUUACCUGUCCACACACACAUCCACCGGCUCCAGCAUCCACCACACACAGGAGCUCCUAAAGGAGCAUGAAGUCUUUCAUGUCACUGCCAAGCAAACCAAGGAGAAGGUGAAGCUGCUGAUCCAGGUUGCUGAGGGCUUCUGUGAAAAAGCCCACAGUCACGCUUCAGAGAUCAAGAAGCUGGUGACUACUGUGGACAAACGCUACAGAGACUUCUCCAUGUCAAUGGAUAAGUACCGCUGCAGUCUGGAGAAAGCUCUGGGCAUCUCGGCAGACCCCAACAAAGCUAGUAAAGAUCUUCAGCUGGACGUCAUCCAUGCCACUGCACCAGGGUCAGAAGUCAAGCUGAGGGAUGCUGCUACCCAUGAGUUGAACGAAGAGAAGCGCAAGUCUGCACGCAGGAAGGAUUUCAUCAUGGCCGAGCUGAUCCAGACAGAAAAAACCUAUGUGCGAGAUCUGCGAGAGUGCAUGGAAACCUACCUGUGGGAGAUGACCAGUGGGGUGGAGGAGAUUCCUCCAGGAAUUGUCAACAAGGAGCAUAUCAUCUUUGGAAACAUACAGGACCUCUUUGAAUUCCACUAUAACAUCUUUCUGAAAGAACUGGAGAAAUAUGAGCAGCUUCCCGAGGAUGUAGGGCAUUGUUUUGUCACUUGGGCUGAUAAGUUCCAGAUGUAUGUAAACUACUGUAGGAACAAACCAGACUCCACUCAGCUCAUAUUGGAACACGCCGGAAACUACUUUGAUGAACUCCAACAGCGCCACCGACUGGCCAACACCAUUUCUUCCUAUCUCAUCAAGCCAGUGCAGAGAAUCACUAAGUAUCAGCUCCUGCUGAAAGAGCUGCUCACCUGCUGCGAGGAGGGGAAGGGAGAGAUCAAGGAAGGCCUGGAGGUGAUGCUCAGUGUUCCCAAGAGGGCUAAUGAUGCUAUGCACCUCUCGAUGCUGGAAGGAUUUGAUGAAAACCUGGAGUCACAGGGAGAGCUCAUUCUCCAGGAUUCUUUCCAGGUCUGGGAUCCAAAGACUCUGAUUCGAAAGGGUCGAGAGCGCCACCUAUUCCUCUUUGAAAUGUCGCUCAUCUUAAGUAAAGAAGUCAAGGACUCAAAUGGCAGGAGCAAAUACAUCUAUAAGAACAAACUUUAUACAUCUGAGUUGGGAGUGACGGAGCACGUAGAAGGCGAUCCAUGCAAGUUUGCUCUGUGGGUGGGCCGCACGCCCACCUCUGACAACAGGAUUGUGCUCAAGCUAAGUCAGGGAGCCAAACAUGGAGCGACGGCUUCUAAUAUUGAGAACAAGCAGGACUGGAUUAAGCACAUCAGGGAAGUGAUCCAGGAGCGUACCAUUCACCUGAGAGGAGCUCUCAAGGAGCCUAUACACAUUCCCAAAACAACUACAUCCAAGCACCACAAGGGGCGGAGGGAUAGAGAGGACUUGGACAGUCAGGGGGAAAGCAGCAGCCAACCAGACACCAUCUCACUGGCAUCUCGGACCUCUCAGAACACAUUAGACAGUGAUAAGCUCUCUGGGGGGUGUGAGCUGAUUGUGGUGAUCCACGAUUUUGUGGCAAGCAACAACAAUGAGCUGACAGUCCGGUGUGGUCAGACGGUAGAGGUUCUGGAGCGGUGCCAUGACAAGCCUGACUGGUGCCUGGUCCAGACCAUAGACCGCUCCCCACCCCAGGAAGGCCUGGUUCCCUGCUCCAUGCUCUGCAUCGCCCACUCCCGGUCCUCUUUGGAAAUGGAGGGGAUCUUUAACCACAAAGACACUCUGUCUGUGUACAGCAGUGACUCCAUCAUGGCAGGUUCUUCUGCCACUUUCCAGCAGGGUCAUGGCAUCAGCUCUCAUGCCUCUCCAGGGCCUAAACGUCCAGGUAAUACCCUUCGAAAGUGGCUCACCAGCCCAGUGCGCCGGCUGAGCAGCAGCAAAGCAGAUGGCCAUGUGAAGAAACUUGCUAAUAAGCACAAGAAAGGCCAGGAUGUGAGGAAGAGCAGGGAAAUAACCGCAGGCUUCCAGAGAGACUCGGAUGACUGCGCUGCCACUCCUCAAGAUGAAAGCCUGGAGGAGAGAGUUCGUAAUGAGGGCCUGUCAAGUGGAACACUGUCCAAGUCCAGUUCAUCAGGCAUGCAGAGCUGUGGGGAAGAGGAGAGCGAGGAGGGCACGGAUUCUGUUCCUCUACCGCCCCCAAUGGCCAUCCAGCAACACUGCCUACUGCAACCAGAGUCACAGGAGGACAAGACGUCCUCCCGACUGUUCGUCCAUCUGUCCGGCUCAGAAACGCCCAGCACUGCUAAACUUGUGAGCGCCAUCAAGGAGUUGGUCAAAAGCAAGAUGGCUCCAGAGGACAGACCUAGCUCUCUGUCCGUGGAUCUGGCAGACUGCAGUUCUCCCUCUUUCAACUCUCUCUUGUCGUCUUCCUCCCCCAUCAGUGAGAUGGAUGAGCACCGAUCCAGCUUUUCAAACAAAAGACGUUUCAUUUUGCUGGAAUUGGUGGAGACGGAGCGAGAGUAUGUCAGAGAUCUCUGCAUGUUGGUGGAGGGCUACAUGAGCAUGAUGAAGGAAGAGGGCGUCCCUGAUGACAUGAAGGGGAAAGACAAAAUAGUCUUUAGCAACGUCCAUGACAUCUAUGUUUGGCAUAAAGAUUUCUUCCUUAGAGAGUUGGAGAAAUGUUUGGAGAACCCUGACAGACUGGGACCGCUCUUUUUCAAACAGGAGCGAAAGUUAAAUAUGUACAUCACGUACUGCCAGACCAAGUCCAAGUCAGAGCAUAUCGUCUUGGAGUAUAUAGACACCUACUUUGAGGAACUGAAGCAGCGUUUGGGGGAGUGCCUGCAAAUCACGGACCUGCUCCUCAAGCCUGUUCAAAGGAUCCUGAAGUACCAGCUCCUGUUGAAGGAUUUCCUCAAAUACUCCAAAAAGGCUGGACUGGAGUCUGUGGAUUCAGAGAGGGCAGUGGAGGUCAUUUGCAUCGUGUCAAAACGGUGCAACGACAUGAUGAAUCUCAGCAGGCUGCAAGGAUUUGAUGGGAAGAUUGAGACUCUGGGCCGCCUGUUGCUCCAGGACACCUUCAUGGUGUCCAACCCAGAGGGGGUUCUGCUUGGUCAGAUGACAGAGAGAAGAGUGUUCCUGUUUGAGCAGAUGGUCAUAUUCAGCAAACCCCUGGAUCAAAAGGCGGCUUUGUGUCUGCCAGGCUUCCUUUAUAGGAACAGUAUCAAGGUUAGCUGUUUGGGACUGGAGGAGACAGUGGAAGGAGAUCGCUGCAAGUUCAUUCUCACUUCUCGGUCACUCAACGGCAUCACGGAGUCCUUCGUGCUUCACUCCUCACACCUGGGCGUGCAUGAAGUUUGGACUCUCCAGGUCCGGCAUAUACUUGGCAGCCAGAGAAACUGCCUCCCUGAAUACCAGGAGAACCAUGUCGAGACAAGCAGUUCUGUGGGGGUAGGCAGUGCUGGUUCUGGCUCGUCUCCUGGUAUCAGUGGAGGAAAUUUCCAGAGUCGCUCCAACCACUCAGGGUCCCAGGGGGGCCCUUGUCGGCCCUCCAGGAUACCACAGCCUAGUCGUUUGCACCUGCGCAGCCACCAGGGGAACGAUGCAGAUGGACCCAGCAGGAUUUCAGGUUCAAACCCCCGCUCUGUUCCUUCUCCUGUGCUCCCUGUUGGGAGCGGUCCGCUAGGAAAGUGCUCUGUCCAGACUUCAGAGGACAAGGCAAUUGCCCUCCCCUCUGCCGGCACCACAACUUCCACCCUGUGUGCCAUGGCUUCAACACCAACUUCCAAACUAUGGCAAGGAGCCGUGUCCCCUCACCCCAUUGCCUCACCCCUGGUUACUUCUGCUUUUGGCACGGAGGCUUUCCCUCCUCCACCAUCUAGCCCCUGCCAAAAGUUUGGACCUGGAUUUUGGAGCUCCAUCCCAGGCUCUCCAGCCAGCCGACCAGGCGCAUUCACCUUUUCAGAGGAUGGUGGAGAGGUCCAGGUCCGUCAGGGCUCAAACCUCCAGAGUGGUUGUGGGGGUCAGAUCCACAGACUCUCCACACACAGCAAGGAGGCUGAUCGCAUGAGCACAUGCUCCUCAGCCAGUGAGCAGUCCAUCCAGUCCACCCAGAGUAACGGGAGUGAAAGCAGCAGCAGCAGCGUGUCUACCAUGUUGGUGACGCAGGACUAUAUGGCGAUGAAAGAGGAUGAGAUCAGUGUUAUUCAAAGCGAGGUGGUCCAGAUUUUGGCCAGCAACCAGCAAAACAUGUUUUUGGUAUUCAGAGCUGCAACCGAGCAGGGUCCCGCUGCUGAGGGCUGGAUUCCCGGAUUUGUGCUGGGACACACUUCAGCUGUCUCUCCCGACGGUCCUGACAUGAACAUCAACAGGAAGUCUUCAUCCUGGCAUGCAUCCCUGCGGAUUCGAAAAAAACCUGAGAAAAAGGAAAAGGAGGUGAAGAAGGACAGCAAACUGGAAAAUGGCUACAGGAAGUCCAGAGAUGGAAUGCCCAGUAAGGUUUCUGUAAAGCUUCUAAAUCCAAACUACAUUUAUGAUGCUCCUCCAGAGUUUCUUGUACCUCUAAGCGACAUGACGUGCAACACCGGGAAGAACGCCAUGCUCAGUUGUAAGGUCUGCAGUCGGCCCCGUGCCACUGUCAGCUGGAGAGGACCCAACCAGAGUAACCUUAUCAAUAACGAACAUUUUAGCAUCACUUACAGUGACACAGGUGAAGCCACACUGCGUAUUAUAAGCGCAGCCUCAGAGGACGAUGGUGUUUACACCUGUGUUGCUACCAACGAGCUGGGCAGCGUCAGGUCAUCAGCCAGCCUCCAUGUGCUGGCCGUGACCACUGAUGGGGUCCAAGUAAACUGGAAGGACAACUUCGAGUCUCACUACAUGGAGAUGGUUGAACUGGGAAGGGGUCGUUUCUCUGUGGUGAAGCGCUGUGAUCACCGCAGUACCAACCGCUCUGUGGCUGUCAAACACAUCAACAAGAAGCUGAUGAGGAGAGACCAAGUGACCCAGGAGCUCAAUCUCCUCUGGAGGCUCAAACACCCUCACAUAGUGAGCCUGCUGGACAUUUUUGAGACCUCAAGCAGCUACGCCCUCGUGCUAGAGCUGGCUGAUCAGGGACGUCUGCUGGACUACAUUGUGAGCUGGGGGAACCUGACCGAAGAAAAAGUGGCGAGCUACAUGCGCAACGUUUUGCAAGCCUUACACUAUCUGCACAAUAGCAGAAUUGCACACCUGGACAUAAAACCUGAAAACCUACUGGUUACCCACAAUGCCAGUGGUCAGCCUGUGGUCAAACUUGCAGACCUGGGUGAUGCUGUGCAGCUCAACAGUGCUCAUUACAUCCAUCCUCUGCUGGGCAGCCCGGAGUUUGCUUCGCCUGAGCUGGUUUUGGGUGAGCCAGUGUCACUGACCUCUGACCUGUGGAGUUUGGGCGUGAUGACCUACGUGCUGCUGUGCGGCGCAUCCCCCUUUCUGGACGAGAGUGCAGAAGAGACCUGCCUCAACAUCUGCAGGCUGGACUUCAGCUUCCCAAGAGAGUAUUUCCACGGGGUCAGCCAGGCAGCACUGGACUUUGUUCGCCUGCUGCUGCGGACCGAACCCGGCAGGAGGCCGCCGGUCGGCCUGUGCCUGCAGGAGGCAUGGCUGCAGGCCGGUCAGAGCAACAGAACAGAGACCUGCCUGGACACCUCACGCCUCGUCUCCUUCAUAGACAGGAGAAAGCACCAGACAGACACUCGGCCUAUUGGAGGAGUGAGGGGCUUUAUUCGAAGCCGCCUUCAAUCUCAGAUCUGAGCUUUUAUUUAGAAAGAGACAUCACUCAUCUCAUCCUCCCUCACAGUCGUCUCAGCAGAGCUUUGUUUUGGAACGGAUUCUCUGCUGCUCGCUGCAACUCCCUGCAGGUCUUAUAGUUUAGUGAUCAGAAGACCCACUGCACACCCCUUCCAGUUUAGUUUUUAAUAAUACUAAUAAUAAUGGAUUGGAUUUAUCUGCGCUUUGCAAGUCACCCAAAGUGCUUACAGUGUGGCCAUUCAUACUUGGUGAUGGUAAGCUAUGGUUGUAGCCACAGCUGCCCUGGGGCAGACUGACAGAGGCAUGGCUGCCAGUUCGCACCUACUCUCUGACCAUCACCGGGAUCAUCCAUGCACAUUCACACACCAGUGGAGCCACACUGGAGGCAAGGACACAAUGACAGUUGAAUGGGGGGAGCGGGGAUCCAACCGAUCAUUGGACGACCCGCUCAACCGCCUGAGCCACUGCCGCCCAUUAGUUCUUUCUAAUUUAAAGACGCAUUUUAUUGUUUCCAAAAUAAAAUAAAAAAACAUGCUCUUCUUACUGAAGCUGCUGGUUUGGACCCAUGAACACAGAGGCAUCCUUACCCUGACAGAACAUAAUGAUGCUGCACUGUCUUUAGAGGCAUCAUUAGAACAAGCCUUAUCCCGAUCCCCUUAAGAGCUGUAGUGGCAGCACUGUUUGCCAAUCAGAAGAGCGUGAAUGUGGACAAUUUCCUAUAAAUGCACUUAUGUUGUUUAUCAUGUGCAAUGUCACAGCUUUAAUAUGUAUGCAACUAUUAAUGAAGAUAUUUGUUGUGUCUAAUAAAAACGAGGGAGCAUGUACUGUACUCUGUACAGCUGAUUGUGUUACAGACUCAAAAUCUACAAACCAUGGAUAGAAACCACACUUUUGUACUGUAUGCCUGCAAAUGAUUCUUAGAAACCAAUCAUAUGAAUCCCAUUGGUACACCAAAAUUGCUCUAGCUUUAUAGUGUUUAAUACAGACAGGACUUACGCAAUUCAGUUUGACUUGUAAUCAGAGAUGGUUUACAUGAGCAAAAACACUCCUGGAGACUUUUUUAAAAGGCCAGGAGAGUGAACAACAUUUGAAAGUGUUUCAACUUUAGUGUAGAUAUUUGUUGUCAAAUCUUUCAUAACUUUAAAAGAAAAAUUAUUAAAUUAUGUGGCUUUCCUGAAAGGCAAAAUUACAUGACAGCUGUAAGACUAACCCAGAAUCAACGCCUUGCUGGCUUUUAUUUAUUGCUUAGGCCAUUAAAGAACAAACUGCGACUGUAUACCUCAGUUUAAGUUUGUUUUUGUUUUCAUAUACCAUUUCAUAAUGUUUGCUGUUUCAUAAAUGACACAUGCUAAUUUUAUUUUUCCUUUUUUUAAUUUGUGCAUCUUUUGCCAUGAGUUAUUUGAAGAUUAAACAAUAUGAACAUGAA